ACACAAAACACGAAUCGUAAUUAAUCCGAUUGAAAUUACAAUGACCAGUCGUUAAUUCGGCUUAAUUAGGGGGAAAUUGCCAAAUUGUGAUUAUCCAACUCGUGGCCAACUUCACGCCGUAGUCACCAACUGUCAUAGGGUUCAAGCUUAAAAUAUUUAAUUUCGAAAAAUAACAAUGCCAGAAGUGGAGCCCCGAAAUAUUGUCGAGAAAUUCUUCAAUUCCGUUGCCAAUGUUCUAGUGACGCCGACGGUUUGGGUUCGGGAAAAGAUCGUGGAACCCAACCAGCAGAGCUACCCAUGGUACCACCAGAAGUUCCGUCGGGUGCCCACCAUUGACGAGUGUUACACGGACGAUGUUGUGUGUUAUUACGAAGCCGAUGCCCAGUACAAACGUGACAGGCUAGUGGACUCGAACAUUUUGUCAAUUCUGAGAGCCCGUUUCGAGGAUUGCACUCUCUACGAAGCCCCCGAUCACUUGGAGAAGUGUAAGCCGCUCUGGAACCAAUACGAGGAGGCACAAACCAACUGGUUUAUCAAAUACGGCGACUUGGGGGGCUAUCAUAACGUCAAGACCGCGUACAUGAAGCAAAAGCACCGCAUGAUUUGGGAGCGCCGCCACGGCCCCGUCGGUUCAGGUAAAAAGACGGAAUGAAACUGCCUUCAAUGUAGUCCCGGUGUAUAGUAUAGUGAAAUAAAUUGUUAAUUAUUGGAAAAGUACAAA